AUGAGUUUGUCUCAUCCGCUCACCCCAAGUAUUCGAUCGCUUUUGUGCUAUCCUAAGAAAACAACCUUAACUGACAAUAUCACAGAGUUUAUCCGUUUCUUUUCACUUCGAAGGGUGUUAAAUUUAGAAAAGUUUUUUCGUUCCUUUGCACUUCUUAGGGUGUUACAUCUAGAUAAAAGUAAAUUAACCGGUUUUCCCCUUGGUUUAGGGUUACUAGUUCACUUAAGGCACCUUGAAAUUUGGCUGCCAUCAUUCCCACAAUCAAUAUGCAAUUUAUGGAACCUUCAAACCCUCUUUGUUAGCACAAGUUCUAGUUCUAUGGUUUUACCUAGUAACAUAUCAAAUUUGGUGAAUCUGAGGCAUUUAACCUGUAACGCAGAACUUUAUCUUCCUUCUAUUGAAAAACCAAUGAAAUUGGAAGUUACUACAAAAGUGGUGUUAGGAGAUGGGGUAGAUAAUUUUCAAAAAUGUUUUCCCAGGAUCAAGAGACUUACAUCUACUCUUUACUCUAGUGAGGAAAAUGACUUUGAAGUACUCCAUUACCUUCAAGUAUUGAUGUUAAUUGGGUCAGGCUACAGCAGAAGGAAUCACAUUAUUAGGUUCCCUGCAACACUGAAAGAACUUACACUUGUAAGGUGUGGUCUACUGUGGAGCGACAUGUCGAUCAUUCAAUCGUUACCUAAUCUUGAGAUUCUCAUACUAAAAGACAAUUGCUUUGAGGGAACCCUCUGGGAAACAGGCGAGGAGCCAUUUCAACAACUAAAAUUCUUGUGUCUUGAAGAGUUUAAUAUCAAAAAAUGGGAAUCCUCAAGUAUCAACUUUCCUUGUCUCAAAGAAUUACAUGUGAGGAAUUGUGUUGAUCUUGAAGAGAUACCCCUUGAGUUGGGGGAUAUCUCAACGCUUGAGUAUAUUUAUGUUUUUGACUGUGGUUCUUCUCUUCUUGUAUCUCUUCAAAAAAUACGACAGGAGCAAGAUGAUGUGGGAAACUAUGAACUUGAGAUCAUAAUUGAUGGAAGGAAAAUGCCCUCUUGUGUACCCAAGUGUGAAGAUUAAUACAUUUUACUUGACACCAUGAAUGUUUAGUACAUAAAUCCUUUGUCUAAUUGCUACCUAGUACAAUGUUUGUUGGUCUUCUUUAGUAUUAAUUGCUCAAUGUGUUUUUUCUCUUAAAUGGUUGAAUCUUUGUUUAGUCAAGUCUUCUUAGCUGGGUUAAAGUGAAAGAAUAAGGCAACCUGGUAUUAUUUGUCUUGUAUGAGGGAAAAGAUUUAAUUACUCCAAUCAAAUGGAUUAAGCAUCAUCAGGAGCACAUGUUUCGUUUAGCUGUUAGUUUAUUAUUGUUGACUGCAUAUGCUUCCUUCCAUCAUAUAGAUGACCUUUGUUAUAGUGUUGAUAAACUUAAAAAUAUAACCCAAUUAUACCAAUAUCCGAUGGAGCAUCUUUCACUAUUAUAAUUGGGUAAAAUUUCAAAGUAUAAUGUCCUAUUAAAAGAAAAAGAAAAAUCAGAAGUAAUUAUCAGAGUGCAGCGCCUUAACAAGAAAAAAUAUGAAAGUGUAAUAUUGUAAUAAAAGGAAAUAGAAGUAGGAUGCUAUAAUACACAAAUUAAAUGAAAGUACAUUGCUAUUUCUUGCACUUGGCCCUUUUUCACAUUAGUUAACUAUAUAUGAUUCUUAAACACAGAUUCACAUUAACUUUCUAGGGAGGGCAGCCUGGCAGGUGGCUACCAAUACAGACAAAGGGUGAUAGGUGUCUAUCCCCAUACCCCUUAUCCCUAUUUAUUUCAUACAAGUUAUGUAUUUACAGAUCCAAAAUAUAGGUGCAUCUAACAUGCCACAACAAUAUAUUUUCUCGUGAUAAUAAGUACAAUCCAAAAUCAAUAAAAUAUCCAACAGAAUUAUAGCAUAAAAAUUGAAGAAUGAAAAAGGAACUUUAUUUCACACAAUAAAACAACCAAAAAAGAACACAUAAUCAAAGAGGGACUUUUCUUUUAAGAGUUAGUGCCAAAAGGUUUGAUCCGCCAUACUUAUACCCUUGAGGCCUUGACCUCUUCACUUUUCCAUUGACUUCGACCUCUUCAAAGCAACCACCCUCAUCUCCGGUGUGUCACCCUCACAUCGACGCCGCCCCUCCAGCGACUGUGGGUGUGUACAAGAGAGAACACCAAGAACUGAAGAGGCCGCGUAAGACUUCAUGGGUUCAUUAUCCUCUCCCAAGGCUGACGUCAUCAUCGAUUUGGGAAAUCCUCUUCUCAAUCACAGCGUCGAUCGAUGGCUUCUUGAAAGAUCAGAACUCUCUAUGUAUUCGUUAUCUUCUCCCAAAGUGUUUUUUUUUUUUUGUUUUUUUUUUUUUUUGUUUCUGCUUCCCAAUUAGGUCUUAACACCCCGCUCCCGAGUUAUAGCAAAGAAAAGAAGAGAAGAGAAAAGAAAGUAAGGAGAGAAAAGAAGAGAAAAGAAAGGAAAAAGAAAUUGUCAUUUCUCCCGAGUUUGAGAGAAAUGGAAGGAAAGAUAAACAUUUUGUUCUUUCUUUUCAAAUCCUCCCAAAUCGGGAGGAAAGGUAGGAGGGAAAGUUUUCCUUCCAUUUCCUUCCACUUCCUUCCUUUAAUGAAACUCGGGAGCACCAUUCUCUCUUGCUUUCCUCUCAUUUCCUCCCAUUUCCUUUCUUUUCUCUCUUUAAGUUGAACUCGGGAGCGGGGUGUAAGAGUUCUAAUUUUGAUGUGAUAAUUCGCAUUUCAGGUUGCUGCUGCAAAAACAAUUGUGGAAGAGACGUACCAAGUGGUCAAACGAGGCUUUCUUGUGUCUAAUUUGAGUUCGCCUCUUUUUUACUGCCCGAUUGAUGAUAAUUUCAUUUGCAUCACUUGUAUUGUUGUGAUGAAGUUCCUUGAUGUCGAGAUCGUCGACCACUGCACAUAUUAUAUUCUUGGAGAUUUUUGUCAAAUGGAAGGGAUUGCAAAUGAAGCUUGUUCACAAGUUGAUUACCUUUUAUGACCAUAACCACAUCUCGAUUAUUAACUGAAGCUUGAUUUGGUUUCCUAUGGGUUUGAUUAAUUUGGAAGUUUGAUCCUAGUUUGUGAAUUUUCUAUAGAAAGAGUAGAUAUUAAACUUGAUUUGAUUGUAAUAACUUUGAAUUCUCUUCCUUUUGAAGAGAAAUGCUUAUAUAUCAUUAGAUUUUAGAACCUGUCAA